AUGGCUUUCUGGAUCGUUCUGCUUUUGGACUGCUUCUUUCAUUCUUCAAUCUUCAGCUCGGGCGAGAUGCCUCAGCCGCUGGGGUCCCAAUUCCCCAGGCCUGCGAUCGCUACCGAUAUACAUCAUUCUUUAUCUGCGCAGGUAAACCCGAGGGUUGGAUCUUUAUCCACACGAGAUCCGAAAGUCACUUCGGUGGCGAAAAUUUCUGGAAAGGGUGGCCACACAGCUGCUCCAUUUACUGACUCGCGCAAGCGUGCCUUUCGAAGGGCCAGGCGACGAGCAGAACUGACAGGUGGAACUUUUUACAGAGGCCGAUGGCACUCGGCCGGUGAUCUGGGCACUACAGUUUCUGGAACAGCGACGAAGCUCAACCCCCUCAGCAGACCAGCGCGGUCUACAGAAGGGCGCCGACUUCGAGUUCUCACAUACAACAUAGGCGGUUUCUGUACUGCUUCGUAUGACGUUUUCUGCGACUGGCUUGUUAAACAAGACUUAGCUGACAUCGUUAUCAUACAGGAACUCCACCAUGGAUGUGGUAAGACUGAAAAUCGCUGGCAAAUCGAAUCCUGGACUGCUUUGAUCAGCCCAGACCCCAAGCAGCGAUAUUGCGGUGUUGGGGUCUUCGUCAGCCCUAAAGUGGCGAAUGACGCUCAGAUUGGAUACAAUGUCAUUAUCCCAGGCCGGCUCUUACACGUGCGAUGCGAAGGACAGCAAGUCAAUGUCGAUGUUGUCGCUGGCUACCAGCAUGUCUGGCAAGAUCACAAUCGAGAGGAAAUAGCACGCCGACGAGGUGUUUUCUGGGAAAAGCUGAGCGGUCUCCUCCAUACGCUGCCAGUUCGACACCUUUUGGUACUGGGCCUGGAUCUUAAUUCCAAGAUCCGAAGCCAACCUGGCCUCAUAGGACGUGGCGUCUUGAAGGGCAAACAGGGCUUUGAUCCUGAGCUGGAAGCUGUACUGGAAACACAUCAGAUUACUCUGCUUAACACGUGGGGACGCUCUUCGGCUGGUCACGCUCACACCUUCUGCAAUGGCGCCACCAAAACCCAGCUGGAUUUUCUUGCUACCCGUCGGCUGACAGUGGACACCUUGGCCAAACAGGCGGAGCCGAGUAACCUCUGCCUGACCCCCUGGCGCCUUGGUCCCCGUCAUCGGCCGGUCUGUGGAAGCUUGAAAUGGGUUGCUGGUUGGACGUUUGCCAAAUCCAAACCUGUUCAGCAACGUUUUUCUUUGGAUGCUAUGAAACAGCACCUUAAGCUUGGUACGCCUAAAGCUGUGGAACUCCAGUUUUCUGUAGUCAACAUAGUUACUGCUCACACUGGCUCCGGGACCCUUGCACAGGUCAACCAAGCUGUUUUACAGGAGUGUCAGCGACUGUUUCCGAAGCAGACAUCGCGCGAUGCGCGCCCAGGUCGUACGGAGGCUGUAAAGCAAUGCAUUCAGCAGCUGUGGACUUCACAUGAUGCUCUGCAACAGCCUGUUGAGGGUCCAUUGUUUAGGCGUAGUGCAGAGCUGGUGCGUCGCCGUCUAAAGUUUCAGACCAGAACUAAAGAGCUUAGACAGGCCUCCCGAGCUGCCAGGAAACAGUGGCUAGUUGAUCUUCUGCACGAGGCUGAAGAAGCAGCCCAUGCUCACAACCACAGUGCAGUUUACAGGGUCAUAAACACCAUCGCCCCCCGUAGAAGACGUGAACAGGUUCGCAUUAAGAAUGCCAGCGGUCAACUCCUCACUAAGGGUGACGAGUAUAACGAAAUUUACCAGUACUUUAGCAGUGCAUUCUCCGCCUCGGCCCACCGCCAUGCUGACCCAAAAGCCGUGCUAGUGCCGGAAGUUGAGGAACUAUACACUGCUGCACUCGCCUUGAAAGGAGGCAAGGCAGUCCCGCGUCAGAGCAUUCCGGCAGACGUUUGGAAGCUGUGCCCACAACAAUUCGCUGUGUUCAUGGCUACCACUUUAGGAAGGUGCAAGGCAACACAGGAGCUUCCUCCAUCUGAGAUUGCCGACUGCGAGCUGUCCCUCCUUCCUAAACCUGGCAAAGUCAAUAGGAGACCCCAAGACCUUAGACCGCUAGGCCUUCAGGAUCCUAGUGCCAAGGUCUACGCUAUCGUACUUCGUGAACGCUUGCUAGCUCUCACUCUCGACCGCAUACUGGCCAGCAACCAACAUGCUUACUGUCCUGGGAAAUCCAUCGACAUUGCCAUAGCCAGAGUCUCCAGUUUUUGUUCGGACAUACGCGAGCGAGUUCGAGUCGGAGUCCUCAAUGUGCAUCAAAAGCGUGCCGGCCAGCGGGAAAGUACCUGCUACGGCGGAGCCAUGCUCAGCUUAGAUCUGAGUCGCGCCUUUGACUCUCUGACUCGACAAGCGCUGGAGUCCUCGCUUCGAGCUUCGCAUGUGCCCGACGAUCUGUGCCAGUCCAUACUCCAGGUGCACAAUCAAUGCCGCUAUACCGUCAGACAUCACAACUAUCAGGGACACUUUCCAAUGCAGGUUGGAGUGCGCCAAGGCUGUGCGCUAUCGCCGCUGUUGUACACACUGUACACGGUUCACCUAAUGGAACGCAUAGAGGCCAGAACGUCGAGAGCAUGGGUUCAGGCCCUCUUCACGGCCUUCGCAGAUGAUAAGCAUCUCGCCUGGCGCGUAGAGACACUGCAAGACCUAGUGUUCAUGUGUCACUGCGUGCGCGUUACCUUCGAGCUGCUUGCAGAGGACGGUAUGCAGGUUAAUUCGACCAAGUCAAAGCUUGUCCUUUCUCUUCGUGGAAGUGCUGCAGCGCGGAUCAACAUGGGCGAGGAGAACCGGCGAGCGGUGGCAGCGGACGAGGCCAAGGAGGUCUUUGGUGGCCUAGCUGCUCCGUCACAGGCCAUGGAAACCGACCAGACCCAGAAAGACGCCGAUGCGGAGAAGGACAAGGACUGGGAAAGCUGGGCGAGCCGCGACAAGGCCAAGUUUCAGCGGAAGGGAGAGUCGGCGGGCAAAGGCGGCUGGUAUUCGUGGGAUCGCCAGUCCAAGCGCAAAGAGCCGACCGUCAACACCCAGGACGAGACAGGCCAGCUGGAUCAGGCCACGCAGCACCUGAUCCAGUCGAUGACCAAACUGGUCCUUCGACACGAAGGAGAGUUGGCUCACCUCCGACGCGAGAUGGGGUACAUGAUGUUCGUGGACACAGAGCAGUACUCUUGCCUGGAGACACUGAAGCAAGCUGCAGUGAAAUGGCAGGACCUGUACGCGAACAACAAAGUCACCUCGCCUCUAGGGCUGACGCUGAUGCUGGGCCUGGUCCAGACACUACGAGCCAAGCUCGAGGACCUGCUUCGAAACGAGCAACUUCUUCAGCGCUACAAGAACUGCGGAUGGAUCGGCGAAGGAGCCAAUGCCCUCACCCCGAUGUGGCACUACUUCGAAUGGAACCCCACCGACAAGAAGGAGUUCCAGUCGUCAACCCCUCCGCUUCCGCACAAUCGGGUUAUGGAAAUUCUGGAGGAGGUGGAACGCUUUCUGCCGCAGCAAGGGGUUCUGCUGAAGUUCAGGGCCACGAAGGACAUCACCCAGGACACCCAGGCGGAGGUGGUGCCCUUUGUGAUCACGAUCGGCCUGCGAACGGAAGGGGCUCAGAAAGUAUUCGAAGGUCUCAGACUCCUCUCCGGAAAUGCGGUGAUGAAGCUGCUGGGAGCUCGCCUGCGGCCGGAAAGGGGCCAGCGGCAACCCUUGGCCAAGCAAGUGGAGACGGCCUACAAGGCCACCCACUACUGCGACUGGCAGAAGGCCUUCUUCUGGAUUGGAGCCCUGGCUGGGGAUGAUACCACCGCAUGUGGAUCUCUCAAGGCCGGCAUUAAUGCGCUAAGGGUUCGGGGUUCGCUUUACUUGCCAGACAGUCUUCAGUGGCGUUUUCUGUUCGCGCAAUGGCACAACAUCCGUCAGCAGCACGAUGUAGGUGAGUUUUAUCAACACGUGGUGCGUCGGACCACGCCGCUUGCCUACUUUGGACGCUGGGAGUCACGCUUGACCCUCCCCUUUCAAAUCACAGACUCAGGCGAGCUGGUGUCUCCGGUACUGCUUCAUCUUGCAGGCGCUAACCUUAUCACACUGAUUCGCCACUGGCGUGAUCAAUAUGCUGUAUCUGCGCUCGUUCAGCAUAGCGGUCUUGUAGUCCUGCAGCUUUGUCGCUACAGUGAGGAUGCCGGCAAGAAUCGCAGUCCCAUACCCCUGCUGCCAGGAGCACGCCUCACACUGCCGAUCUUUGAAGGUGAAGGCGGCACUGACACCCGAGAGGAGACCUUUAUCAUAGCUUGGGUUAUAUUUCACCUAGGUGAGGUUCCGACUAGUGGCCAUUAUCAAGCUGCGCUGAGUGUCCCCAACAAGCAGCGAUGGGAGUUUUACAUCUGCAACGAUAAUGCCUCCCCUCGUAAGGCUAAGAAGGAAGAUCAUGACACCAUAGCUGCCAAUGGCUACCUGAUUGGCCUCCUCCGGGCUGAAUAA